ACAUUAAUUUUCAUUUUGUUUCCCUCCAUUGCGUUUGAGCUCUGCAACACUUACCUCUCGGCUCACCUGCUAUAGAGUCUAAGAGAGGCUGCUUGCUUCUCCAUUUAUCCCUUAAAUGCUACCUAACACCAAACCUGUUGCCAAUUCCUCAAGUGAAAGAAGCCAUAGAAGUCAGAAGAUCUCUCAUCCAGAGUCCAUGGCGUGGCCGUUUGGUGAGGCUGAACCCAUCCAAUUAUUCGUCAAAAUGAUGAAUUCGGAAGCUCGACAAAUAGAAAUCAAUGCGGAUGCUAAUGAUACUAUAAAGAUUAUCCACGAGAAAGUUUUAGUGAGCUGGCAAAUUCCAGUUACGGAACAGAAAUUAUUUUAUGAAACAAAGCAGCUAGAGCACAGGGUCACGCUUAAAGAGUGCUCAAUUCAAAACAAAGCUUGCCUUGAGUUGAUGGUUAGAUGGGACGACAAGGACGACCCUUCGGCACUUCCCCAAAUGAUUCACCAAAUGUGUUCAAACAUUUGUCGCAUGUGCCAAGGUGAAUCUGAUUCCAAGUACGAAGACUGCUGUAGUAUCAUUAGCCAAGCGUUGGAUUGCAUGACUGAAGAGAAUUCGGAGAUUCUCUCUUUGUAUUCUGUCCCUGCGACUUUAGUUAUGCUUUAUGGCUCACCAAUUGAAGGUAACAAAUUCGAUGGUAAUAAUUUGAUAAGGCUUUCCAUGGAACUCAUAUUGAUGACCGAGAAUCAGCUUUCUGAUGAUGAAAUAGCUUCUUUGGGAUUAGAAUUUUGUAAUUUGCUCAGGGAAGUAUCUUCUGAAGAUCCUCUGUAUAAUUCAUGCCGGACUAUGCUAGCUGAGUACUUAGAAGACAAUUAUGAGAUCUAUUACCAUUGUUAUCCAAGGACAGUGAUCCAAAUUCUACUAUUUUCUGUCAAGUUAUCACAAGAUUUGUCCAAUGGAUUGGCUAAUCUCUCCUAUCGAAGAGAACACAUUGAGCCACUGAGCAUUCAAGUUCGUGAUUUGGGGAAAUUUUUAUGCGUAUCGCAUGAAGCAAUCAAUGUUCUGAUAAAUGAGGAUGAGGAUGAUGAGCAGAAUAGGAUGGUCAAAUUUAUAGUUGAUGUGAUUGGAGUUCUUUUUCAUCUUCACUUGAAAGAUAUGGAGCAGAAUCUUACUCGCCUUGCGGAUAUGAAACAAAUAUUUGAAAAACUUGAUACGGUGCGUCCUGUUUCACUUCUGUAUUUGGCCAUUCUGAAGGAAUUGAAUAGAAUGUCUCAACUUGUGGAGGGUGCUGUAGAUGAGUUUCGGCGUGUAUUAGAGGGCCAGAAGAAUUCACUGCAUAUAAUGAUUGAAAAAAUUAUUCGGAGUGAUGAUUAUGAUUGGCUUCUUGAGCACAGUGCUGUGCUUCAUUCUGAAUCAAGGAUGCAUUUACUCAUGAUGAAGAUGAUCCCUGAGAAAAAACUACACGACCCAGUGCUCUAUAAGCCUCUUAUUCGCUGGUCUAAAAAUCUGGACGAAAAGCUGUAUGAGAAGUUCGGAAAGAAGGAUCUUACAGAUUCUCAAGUAUUGCAGGAUUGGUUAUGCAAGUUGUGCCAAAUUCUAUUCAAACCACACAAUCUUCUUUUCCUGGCUUGCCCAAAUGAUCCCACAAAAUUCUAUCCUAAUCCUGAAUUGAAACGACAACCGUUACACUUGGAUAGUUUUGAAAUUUGUGGUAUGGUGAUUGCACUGGCAUUGAUGCAUGAAAUACACAUAGGCAUUGCCUUUCAUAAUUUGUUUCUUUUGCAACUGGCUGGAAAUGAUAUUUCUAUAGAAGAAAUAAGGGAAGCAUGUCCAUCUUUUUACAAUAAGAAGGCCAAGGAUCCUUCUCAUGGUGAUGAUCGAAUUCAGAAUGAAUUCAUGGAGUCGGUCUCUGAAAAGAUACACUUUUUCAGACAAGGCUUUCAUAGAGUAUUUGGAAAAUCAGUCCAGCAACUGCUAUCCCAUAGGGGAAUAGAGCUUGAAGAUCUUAACCAGGUGCUAAAAGGAAACUUAAACCUUGAAUUUAAUUUUGGGAAAAAGAGAAAAUAUGAAGACGAUGAAAGUGAUCCCCCGACGUCCCAGAAUAAUGAAAGUGAUCCUCUGAUGUACCAGUUCUUAAAGGUUAAUAGACGAGGAGUUAGUUUUACAGGAUGGCAAAAGGGUAUGCGUUUGGGAAAGGGGGGUUUUGGAGAAGUGUACGAAGGAUAUGCUCCCAGUGGUUUCUUUUUUGCCUUCAAGGAAAUAGAAAUUAAAAAUGAGGGGAUGAUUGAGGAAAUUAAUCAUGAGAUUGAUUUAUUAUGUCAAUUGAGACAUCCAAACAUAGUAAGUUAUUAUGGCAUGGAGAGGCGUGAAUCAAAGAUUUAUAUUUUUCUUGAAAUUGUGAGACCAGGUUCCCUCAAAGAAAUAUGCAAAAAUUUCAAACUGAAAGAUUCCCAAGUGUUCCACUACACGAAACAAAUACUUGAAGGUCUGAAUUAUCUCCAUGGGCGAAGUGUGGCCCACAGAGAUAUCAAAUGCUCAAAUAUAUUGGUGAAUGAUAAAGGAUGUGUCAAAAUUGCAGAUUUUGGAUUGGCAAAAGUGCCCGAAUUAAAUGCUCUUAUGAAGUCUUGUUGCGGCACAACACCCUGGAUGGCUCCUGAGGUUAUUAAAGGGGACAAUAAAUAUGGAUUUGAAGCUGAUAUUUGGAGUCUUGGUUGCACAGUCUUGCAGAUGUUAACCGGGAAGAGUCCAUACUCAGAUUUGGACUGUGGGACUAGAACUCUAGAAAACGAGAUUGUUAGAGGAAAAUUGCCAACUUUGCCUGAUUUUCUGUCUGAGCUUUCACGAGAUUUUAUCCUGAAGUGUCUGCAAGAUAAUCCACAUGAUCGUCCAACUGCUGCUAAGCUUUUGCAGCAUCCUUUUGUGAAAGGUUCUGGCUUUUAGCAUUUUCAAUUUUCAGUCAACUCUCUUACAAUAUUCCUUUAGCUUGAACUAUAUGAAUAUUUCAAUGAGUGCUCAUUAAUUGGCAUUUCUUCUUGUUGCGUCCUUUUUUUUUAAAAAAAAUAAAAACCUCCAACAGCUUUUUCUGGACUA